AUUCAUUUUGUUACGUCUUGUAGUUCUCUCGUCGGCCAUUACGGCGUCACAAUCGCAUCAUAGAAUUGAUUGAAACGCCCUCGUUGAGAAAAAUUAGAAGCUCUUCUUUAAACAAUCAGAGCCAUGCCACCACCAGAUAAGAAAAAUGCAACCAAAGGCAAAACAAUACUACAAUCCUAUUUAAAUUCUUUUGACCAGGACAAUGAGGCGACAACAGUCAUUACUGUAAAUGGCAGUGGUGAUGAAGAGACUGAGUCUGGUGUUACUUACUUUGUGGACGAAGAAGGACGUUACUAUUACCAACAGGCUGGUGAUAAUCAGAACCUUGUUUCAAUUCCGGCUGAAGUAGCCCAGGAAAAUGAAGGGAUAUCUGAAGAUACACAAAUGCUGGUGGAUGGAGAGAGCUACCAAACUGUUACGCUGGUGCCAUCGGAAACAGGAAAUGGUGAAGUCAGUUAUGUACUUGUCAUGCAAGAUGAAAAUAAACCUGUUAUGAACAUUGAUAUAAAGGAGGAGAAAAACAAUGAUGUCUAUACAUUUGAAGAGGAUGAAGAAGGUGAACAAGAAGGUUCAGAGGAUGGUGAUGAGCCAAUAAAACCGAAAAGUACAAAUUCAAAGCGCAGCAAGUGUGUGAGACCUCAUUUCACUUGCAACUUCUGUACAUAUACAAGUCAUAGAAGGUACUUAUUGUUGCGCCACAUGAAAUCACAUUCUGAGGAGCGACCACAUAAGUGCAGUAUUUGUGAGCGGGGUUUCAAGACAAUUGCAUCCUUGCAGAACCAUGUCAACAUGCAUAAUGGCGUUAAGCCUCACAUCUGUAAAUAUUGCAAGAGCCCAUUUACUACCUCAGGCGAAUUAGUACGACACGUUCGUUACCGUCAUACACACGAGAAACCUCACAAAUGCACUGAGUGCGAUUAUGCCUCUGUAGAGCUUUCGAAGCUGCGUCGCCACGUGCGGUGUCACACAGGGGAAAGGCCAUACCAGUGUCCUCAUUGUACUUACGCGUCUCAAGAUACAUUCAAGCUAAAAAGACAUUUACGCACGCACACUGGCGAAAAACCUUAUAAAUGUGACCAUUGCAACAUGUGCUUCACUCAAUCAAACUCACUUAAGGCUCACAAGCUAAUACAUAAUGUAUCUGAGAAGCCGGUGUUCGCGUGUGAACUUUGUCCAGCAAAAUGUGGUCGCAAAACUGAUUUACGUAUACAUGUGCAAAAACUACACACUUCCGAUAAACCUCUGAAGUGCAAAAGAUGUGGAAAGUCAUUCCCCGAUAGAUAUUCAUGCAAAAUGCACAACAAGACACAUGAGGGUGAAAAGUGUUUCAAAUGUGAGCUAUGUCCGUAUGCAUCAACGACUCUCCGUCAUCUCAAAUCUCACAUGCUUAAACAUACUGAUGAAAAACCUUUUGUGUGUGAUCAGUGUGACCAAUCCUUUAGACAAAAGCAACUGUUACGGCGUCAUCAAAACCUGUACCACAAUCCUAAUUAUGAACCAAAGCCUCCUAAGGAGAAGACUCACACAUGCCACGAAUGUAAACGCACAUUUGCACACAAUGGCAACUUAAUUAGACAUCUUGCUGUACAUGACCCUGAAUCUGGACACCAUGAGAGAGCCUAUGCAUUAAAAAUAGGUCGCCAGAGAAAGAUCAAGAUUAUUGAUGAAAACAUAAAGAUGGAUGAUUCGGACAAUGAAACGGAAAUAACGAAGAUUGAACUAGGUAACAAUGAACUGAAACGCGGCGAGCUUGUUACCGUUGCGGAUGGGGAAGGACAGCAGUAUGUGGUGCUCGAGGUCAUUCAGCUGGAAGAUGGGACCGAGCAGCAAGUUGCUGUAGUUGCACCGGACUUCGUUGAAGAAGAAGAACAAGAAGAAGAAGAGGAGGAGGACGAGGAAGAAGACGAGAUGAAAAAGAAGCAGGCUUAUGUUGAACAAGAAAAGCAGAAGAACUUGGAGAGGAGCAUUAAGCUCGAGAAAGAUGUAGACACUUGCUUUGGUUUUGAUGAAGAUGACGAGCAAGAAGAAGAGGAAGAGAUAUCUUAUAAGGAUAAAGUUGUUUUACGUCUCGUUUAAUUGCACAAGUAGGUAUAUAAUAUUUAAUAACUACCCCUUAAAUCACUCAGUGUUUACGUUAAUGUUAGAAUGGCCACAGUGAUGUAAUUAUUUAUGUAGAAUAUAUAGUAUAUUUUUUUGGAA